GCCUCCGCCCAGCCGGCAACGCGCCUGCACGCAGGGCACAGCGCUGCCGCCUGCCUCUCCUGCCUCCUACAGCUCUCCCUGCUCGCUCUUUCUCAGGCCAAGCUGCUCCUGCCCCCAGCUGCUUGCCCGUGCACAGAGAGGAGCAGGAAGCCCUCGCGUGCAUCCAGGCCUUUCUCACGGGCCCAACAAGGGAAGAAGCCCACAAGAUGAAGUUUUUGGCCUCUCUCUGCACUCUCAGCCGCUUGGCCGGCGCCCAGAGCCGUGGCCAAGGCAGCCCUGCUGGCAGAGCCGCCCAGGCUCGCAGCGGGCCUGGGGCCACGGCCACGGCCAUGCUCUCCAAGGCCAGCACUUUGAGGAAGGUGCUCUGGGAGCUGCUCAGCAUGCUGGAGGAGCGGCCACUGCGCAAACCAUUUCUCACCACCAGGGACAGCACUCGCGUCCUUGCCCUGGCCGCAACCAGGGCGCUCUGUGAGCUCCUUCAGCAGUGCAGCCGCUCGCAGGAGGUGAAGGCCUUUUUCUCCCGCCUCUGCCUGGCCCUGCUCUUCCAGAUUGCCUUCACGGCAGAGCUCACGCCGCAAGACCUUGCUGUCUUCCGGAGGCAAUGCCACCGAUGGGACCCGUGCACUCCCACCAGCCCUGUCAGCUCUGCAGUGCAGACCCUGGAGUCUCUUUUCUGCUGCGCUGGCUACGAGCAUCAAGCCCUGCUCAUCAGGCAGCAGGGUGGCUGGCACAUGCUUCUCAGCGCUGAGGCCCUGCACUUGGGAGUCAUUGUAGUGGCCAGAGAGCUAAGGAAGAGCCCAGCUCCUGAGCAGCGCUGGAUGUUGAACCAGCUGGUAGCGCUACUCGAGAGGGAGGACGAGUUUCGGGAGAUCCCGGCCAUGGCCUUCUUCAGUGAGGUAGGCCUGAUGACAGGCGGUGCCAGUUGCCACUUGCCAGCACUGGUGCCAGUUCUCUGUAGUCAAUUGCUCGUCCAAGGCAGGAGGAGAAGAGGCUGCAGAGGGUCCAGAGGGCAGAGGAGCAGGUGGGCAGGUGUGCCCUGGGGCACAGGAAAAGGGCUGCGGGGUCCCGCAGGCUCUCUGUGGUCACAGCUGCCGGCAGGAGGGGUUUUGUGUGGCCUUGCAGGCCUUGCCCAGAGCUGUCAGUGGGCUCCAGCACGGCGUCAGGGGGCGGGCAGUGCCGCAGGCCUUGUCCGUCUCUCAGUGCCGUGUGUGUUUCAGCUUUCUCGUGGGCGGGCCUCUCGGGAAACCCUCCUGCAAGCAGCACAACUUCUGCAGUGGGAGCAGCUCCGGCACCUGGCCAAAACAGGGCAGACGGGGAAGAUCAGCGAGUGCAUGCUGGCCCGGUACAGGAGCAGGGCAGAGGACUACGUGGGCCAGAGCCUACCGUUCCUGCAGGACCCCCAGGCAUCGUUGCGAGAGGCGGCCGUGAGGUUCAUCGCCCUUCAGCCCCUCCAGAACGACAGCCAUCCCUGCGUCAGUGCCCUGGCAACACAGACCAUCCUGAUGCUGAGGCCUCCACAGGAAAACUCCCCGUCAGCAUUUAGCCUACGAGCCCUGCGCUCUCGGCUCCGCAGAAGCUGGGUGAUGUGGCACGUGCUUCUGGGCUGUUGCUCGGUUGGAGCAGAGCUAGAGCAGCAAUGCUGACGCUGGCGUGC